AUGCGCAAACGGAAGCGACGCGCCUCUCCCACGAAGUCUAAGGCUUUCGAGAAAAGGCCAGUUUCCAGACCUUCUGCGAGCCGCGUACGCCUUAUUUCGUUUAGCGAUGAAGUUGUUCCGUCAAGAAAGGCCGCCCAUGAAGCCGAGCGAGAUAUCAUCAGGUCUCUUGAGGACAGUGGGAGUAGUUCAGACGAAGACAUCCCUCGUCGAAAUACGCGAUCAUUUGCGCGUAAACAGCGCCGCAUCUACGAGAGAGAGAAGAAUAAGAUGUUGGGGCCCGACGCGAAUAUCGACGACUUGCGGCGCCAUUCGUAUAUAAUGCAAAUAUGGAUGGCAAAGGAGAAGGAAGGGGUAGUCAGGCGCAAGCACGUGCAUAAUUUCAACUCGCUUGAUCCUUUUGAAGACGAAAUCACUGUAGUAUUUCCGCCGCAAUCUGUUCGUCCUGCCGGGGACAAGGACGAAAUUCAAAAAGUCCACGAGAUACAGCCUGUUCGAAAGCGGAGGCGAACCGAAGCACCGGUCGAAAUCAGCGACGACGAAGUGCAGCUGGUGGAAAAGGUGCACGAAGAACCUUCGCCACGGUCCCGACCUCCAAAGCAGCCUGCCAUGGUAUCCAAAGCCUUUCAGCCGAAACCGCCAAAGCCAGAUGUUCCUCCGCAGUACUUGAAGGUCUUGACUGAGAAAAUAAAAGAUCUGGAAUGGGGCGACAUGGGCGACAACUUCACGGUUCUUGGCAAAAAGCAACGCUGGGAGAUGGACAGACCUUCCGUCAUGGACAGGCUAGCGCAAAAGACUCCAUUCGUGUUCGAAGAGUACGUAGAAACUCAGAAGCAGAAGUUGAAAAUCAAACAUCUCAACAACUUGCAGAAGCAAAAACAAGCUGCUGCGGAGCGAAAGGCUGCCGUGCAGACUCCGAAGUCCCAAGAGGGUUCCGGGCAGAACGACAAGGAGAAGCGACAGCAAGUGGAUGCAACAAAGGUCGAGGUAAUUGACGUAAAAUCUGAGAAGAAAGGCGAGUCCGACAAACAACGCAGGGAGCGCAAGGCCUUACACAAGAUUCAGGUAGCGCAGAAGCUUCGCGAGAGAGGGGCACAGACAUCCCCCACCACACGCCGGCUGAAUGCACUAGGAAGCCGCGGGUCAGCCCGAAAUGAGGUCUCGAAUCCAAACACCUGGAAUCACGUUCAAAAGACUAAGAAGAGCAAGAGCAACGGGGAUCUUUCGCGCGCGGAACUGCGUCGGUUGCGGCGGCAAGAGGAAGAUUAUCGCGAAAAGGAAGAUCCGAGGCACCCGGAAUACGUACCCAAGGCAUCAGCUUCUGCUGCGCAGAAACGGGAUAGGGUUGAUUUGAACCGGGAAAGCGAGGAGCGCAGGUUAGCGCAGUGGCUCAGUCAAACGCGCACAACAGAAGCCGAGAGGGAAGAGACAAAGGUACAAAAGAACGGCGAAGACAAACUUCAUAGACACUGGUCAAAACGGGCCCGACGCGCUGAGGCGCGAGAGCAAACCAGACGCUCCUUCGAUAGCACGAAAGAACGCGAGGAGCAAAAGCGAAAGUGGAACAAGUAUCUGGAACACCAGCGUCAACAGUGUAAUGGACGCGUCACAGAAGAAGACCAGCGUGGUCGCUCCCACUCCAACUGGCGCGAGAAGCCGAGCGGCUCGCGUGCAUCAGAACCGAGUCCUCAGGCACGCCGAGAAAGCGACAGAACACGCAGCCGUCGGGACGAUCUAGACAAGGUCUACACGCAAGCAUAUGGGAAUUCAGAACGGUCACCGCGACCCCAGGAACGUAUUCCUCGCCGACAUGCCCCGCAGCCACGCGAGGAACCCGAUCGAAGUGCUCAGGACCUGCAGCCUUCCGAGCCUAGCGCGGCCAAUGGCCGCCCCUGGCAUGCGUCACGGAGCGGGCCUGGGAAUGGCGACCGCAACGAACGUCGUUUACGCCGCCGUCGCGACAAUGGAAGACGCACUCGAGGCGAUUCAAGGAGAGGAGACGUGGGGCGCGAUUCUCAUCGCCAUCCUGCACCUGCGGACAAUACCCGAGGCUACGCCUCGCCCGACUCGCAACGGCGUUGGGACGGCGAGGCUACUGAGGGCCGUAAUCGCCGCGGGCGCGCUGGCAUUGGACGGGGAAGUACUGCUGCGAGCGGAGAAAACCAGAUUGAGCGGUCGAAUAAGGGCUUCGCGCUGUUAGAGAAAAUGGGAUGGAGGGAGGGAGAAGGACUUGGAAAGGAUCGAUCGGGGAGGACAGAGCCUCUUAAGCCGAAGAGGAGGGGAAACAGGUCCGGCCUGGGAGGAUAG